AUGAUGAUUCACCCUCCCAGAGGUUUGUGUUGGUUUACUAUCUAUGGGCGAAUGUCGUCUCACAGGGAUAGGAUCGACACAUCUGGCGGCGCUCGAGAAAUCCUCGGUCGCCUACAUGAUAUUGAGGCAAUUUUGAAGGCCCAGUCACAUCAGAUCUCAAACAUUACCAAGUUCCAAAACGGUGCUCAUGAUGUCCCCGAGACCUCACCACCAGGCCACACAUCUGCUUCUGCAAGAGAGCUUCCGAAUGCUACCAUGUCAUCGCCCUGGUCAUUCGCUGGAUUAGAUAUGCAACCAAAUUUGCCAGAACUACCCCCAUUGACAAUCCCGGUCAAACACAAGACAUCAUCUAGCUACCUCCUGAGCUUACCCCCAGUCAAAUCACUCAUUGGGGAGUAUCCGACUGAUUUGUUUUUCCUGUUAGAAUCCCGAGCUCAUCUCCCACAAGAGCUGUCAUUUGAGACAUGGGCAGUACCAAAAUUAUCAAUGGACAUUGAGCGUGAUCUUGCUACUAAUUUAGUAUCUAUUUUCUUCGCGUCAGCUCAUCAUGAUCAUCCAAUCUUGGAUCCAGGCGAGUUUGAGGAGAUAUUCAGCCAGUUUCUGGAGAAUGGACCUGAUUCGAGUACUACGUCCGCUUUAUGCAUGGUUGUUCUGGCACUUGGUGCCGUCGCUGCUUCACCACCAGAUGCUCAUGCAUUUCUUCAUUCACCCCCCGGUAUGCAGUACAUGCAGCACGCCAUGCCGACCCUCCUCAGUCAGUCAGCAUGGUCGUUCUCAUGUAGCAUCGUGCUACCACAGGCGCUUGUUCUUGCUAGCGUAUAUUUCGCAUACAUCGUCCGGCCCCUUCAAAGUUGGCGACUCAUCUACUCUGCCACGACGAUAAUUCAGUUCAAACUUUCAGGAAUUGACACUCAUCAAAAGGAACCUUGGUGGCGAGAGAGCUUGAUCCGUCUGUUUUGGUCCUGCUUUUUGAUCGAGUGCGAUCGACUCGCCGAGCUGGAACUCCCACGGAGUGGUUUGCAGCAACUGACUGACGAAAUAAGUCUUCCAGAGUGCACCAAUCUUGGGAUGAUGCAAUCGACUUGUUAUCUCGCAGAGAUAUCUAUUCGAAGAUUGCUAAAUCGCGUGCAUAAUUCCCUCUACCCGAACAAGAAACACGUUUUGGCACUAUCAUCCACCACAUUGGCAACGCCGGAGGAGUUUUCCAUAGAUGAUAUAUCAUCCAUGAGUGCGGUUUGCGAUGAACUACGCUCGCAACUCGAGUUAUGGCAUUCUUCGAUACCGGAAAUCUUUCGACCAAAGCUCAACAUCGAAGCUUCUGUGCGGGAAUCGAACGAUCGUCAGGCAAUACUACGGAUUCGGUAUUUUGCCGCGCGUCACAUUAUAUAUAGGCCGUUUGUUCUCUUUCUUGUUACACAUGAUAUCACCUGCAUAUCGCAUGAUAUUAUUGAGAAGGCUGGGAUAUGCAUCGAGAGCUGCCGAUGUUACAUCCACAGUACGGCCCGAAUCCUGAAAAACCCGAGCCAGUAUACGUGGACAUUCUCUUUAUCAUCACUCGGUGCAAUUGUGAUUCUAACACUUGCUUCACUAAAUCCUGCUUUGCAACAUUUGGUGACCGAUAUUGACGCACUGCAAAGCCUGGCCUUGAACAACAUUCGACCGUGGGCUUUCUCCAGUCUUGAAGCUGUUAUAACUAUACUUGAAGAUGUCCAGAAAAAGCAAAGACUUUUCACGCGUAUGAAUUGCUGA